GUUUCCUUGGUUUUGUCAGCCAAAAACAUAGGAAACAUAUAUAUUGAUUGAUUCGUAUUCGUAGAAUCUUGUGUUCGAUUUAUGUAAUCAGCGCCUGCAUGAAACCAGUCUUUCUAUCUCCUUUUUUCCUUCAACAUCUCACUAAUUUCACUUCGUAUCCUCCACAUGGGUCUUGGGAAAUUCCUGCUUUUGGUCAUAGUUUCCGAGGUCUUUAGAGUUGCGACAGCUUGCUCUAAUGGAGAAUGCAGGAUUCUUGAUGGAUGCUCAACGGAUGCAGAUUGCGAAGCAGGACUUUAUUGUUUCUCUUGUCCUGAAACAUUUUCAGGUUCAAGAUGUGUUAGAUCAACCGGCACAGAUCAAUUCAAGCUCUUGAACAAUUCUCUUCCAUUGAACAAGUAUGCAUUUUUGACAACCCACAAUGCUUAUGCCAUUGACGGUGAGCCAUCUCACACUGGAGUUCCUAGAAUUACCUUCACCAACCAAGAAGACAAUGUUACUCGGCAGCUAAAUAACGGGGUUCGAGCCCUCAUGCUUGAUACAUAUGAUUUCCAAGGAGAUGUAUGGUUGUGCCAUUCAUUUGGAGGACAAUGCCAUGACUACACUGCAUUUGAACCGGCCAUAGAUACUCUACGGGAGAUUGAGGCUUUCUUAUCGGCGAACCCAUCGGAAAUAGUAUCGGUGAUCCUAGAAGACUAUGUUCAGGCCCCGAAUGGAUUGACCAAGGUUUUUACAGAUGCAGGGUUAAUGAAGUACUGGUUUCCUGUUUCAAAGAUGCCUCAAAAUGGUGAAGAUUGGCCUCUGGUUAGUGACAUGGUAGCUAACAACCAAAGGCUACUCGUAUUUACCUCAAUCAAGUCCAAGCAACACAGUGAAGGAAUUGCAUACCAGUGGAGUUACAUGGUCGAAAACCAGUAUGGAGAUGGUGGGAUGAAGGCAGGAAGUUGCUUUAACAGGGGAGAGUCAUCGCCACUAAAUGACACCACUAAGUCUCUGGUUUUGGUUAAUUACUUCAGAUCUACGCCGAUCAAGCUACUAGCCUGUGUACAGAACUCAGCAGACCUCAUCAAGAUGCUUCAAACUUGCCACGGCGCCGCUGGCAACCGAUGGGCUAACUUUGUUGCCGUCGAUUAUUACAAGAGGAGCGAGGGAGGAGGAACAUUUCAAGCUCUGGAUACUUCAAAUGGGGAGCUUUUGUGUGGUUGCGAUGAUGUACAUGCUUGUGUGGUAAGUAGCCUUCUCAAGCGAGUUGGGUGA